CCCCACAUGAAUUUAUGAUCGAAGAUUAGGGUGAGGACUUCAGUUAAUCUGGCUUAAAUUCAAUAAGGCUACAAGUUUGUUUAGAAUAGCAAAACUAAUUGCUCAGUCUCAACAUUCUCACCUUAUUAUGCAAUAUUUUAUAGCAAACCAAUUUAGUGAUUGAAAUGCUGGCCUUAUUUCAAACAUUAGCAAUUCCUGUCAUCAUCUUCAACUCCAGUUGAAAUCUUUUGCUAAUCAACUUU